UGUUGGUGGAGCUAUCAGAUGAGCCGAAUAUGUGUUGAUUUAUUUAUUUUAAUACAGUUUUGUGUUUUUUAAAAUGUCUGAGUCGCCGGAUGCGCGCAGCUUGGUUUCUGCCUCUUCUCAACUCAAUUUAAUGGAAAUAGAUGCGAUUGAUGAUAAAGAAUUUGACAUCCCACAAGUGGAUACUCCUCCAACACUUGAGAGCAUCUUGAAUGAGCCUGAAGAUGAGGAUGAGCCAUUCAUCUUGGAGGACACUUGUCUUCUUAACACCGAAAACAUUGACACGCAUUCCUGUGAGACCUCCUCCCUCGCCAGCUCUGACAGUGGAGAUCGCACACACCUGAAGAGGAGAAAGAAAACUAUAGAGAUGAACACAACCGUCCAUGGCUCAGUUCUCAGACACAGUAUCCUGAAGGGCAUCUCGGCUCAGAUGGUGUCUGCUGCUGACAAAGUAGAUGCCGGCUUGCCCACAGCUAUAACUGUCUCAAGUGUUAUUACUGUUGGGACGUCUCAUGGUCUGGCGCUGGUGUUUGACCAGAACCAGGCACUACGGCUGUGCUUGGGAACCACGGCAACCGGAGCAGAGUACGGAGCUGUGUCAGCCCUCAGUAUUAACCAUGACUGCACCCGCCUUCUUUGUGGCUUUGCCAAGGGACAGAUUACAAUGUGGGACUUGGCCAAUGGGAAGCUCCUUAGAACAAUCACAGAUGCUCAUCCACCUGGAACAGCCAUUUUGCAUGUGAAGUUCACCGAUCAUCCAGCGCUGGCUGUAUGUAAUGACAGUGGUGGCUCUGUGUUUGAACUGUCAUUCCGGAGGGUGAUGGGCAUGCGCACCUGUGACUCCCGCUGUCUGUUCAGCGGCUCCAAGGGAGAGGUGUGCUGUGUGGAGCCCCUGCAUGCGGGGCCUGAGCUCAAAGACCACCCCAUCACCCAGUACUCCCUGCUGGCCAUGGCCUCCCUCACCAAGAUCUUGGUGAUUGGACUAAAGCCGUCCCUGAAGGUGUGGAUGACUUUCCCCUAUGGCAAGACGGAUCCUGCUAGCGUGCCCCAGUUAGCCUGGCAGUUUGUCUCUGUGCAGAAAGCUGUCAAUCCCAUCCUGGCUUUCUGCAGAGGUGACACAAUCCAUUUCCUGCUGGUGAAAAAAGAUGAGUCUGGAACCAUCCAUGUCAUCAAACAGCGGCAGCUUCACCUAAACUGUGAUGUCAUCAGCCUGAGCUGGAUCAACUCUCGGACGCUGGUGGUGGUGGACAGUGUGGAGAAGCUGCAUGUGGUGGACCGGCCCAGUCAGGAGGAGCUGGAGACGGUGGACCUGGCCGAGGUGCAGCUGGUCUACAACAGCAGCCACUUCAAGUCCCUGGCCACCGGGGGCAACGUGAGCCAGGCUCUGGCCCUGGUCGGGGAGAAGGCCUGCUACCAGUCAGUGUGCAGUUACGGGGGCCAAGUCGUCUACCUGGGAACCAAGUCCGUCCACAUCAUGACCUUAAGGAACUGGAGGGAGAGGGUGGACCACCUGCUGAAGCAGGAGAAGUUUGUGGAGGCUUUAGCCCUGGCCUGGUCCUUCCAUGAGGGCACUGCCAAGGCGGUGCUGGGUUUAUUUGGGGAACCUGCCAAAAGGAAAGGCGUAGUGGCUGACAAGAUGGUGGAGAUCCUGUUCCAGUAUGCGGAGCGCUCUCUGAAGAAAUGUCCAGAGCAGGGCAAGAUCCAGGUGAUGGAGCAGCACUUCCAGGACAUGGUGCCUGUCAUGGUAGAUUACUGUCUACUUCUUCAGAGGACAGACCUGCUCUUCAACCAGAUCUACAGCCGGCUGGUGGAGAACUCCGUCGCCAAGGGCGUGUUCCUGGAGUGCCUUGAGCCGUAUAUUCUGAGCGAGCGGAUUGGCUGCCUGACAGCGCCCGUCAUGAGGGACCUGCUGGCCUACUUCCAGGACAACGGCAUGAUGGAGAGCGUGGAGGGAUGCCUCGUGCACAUGGACAUCACCAACCUGGAUAUUCAGCAGGUGGUCCAAAUGUGUUGGGAUAAUCAGCUCUAUGAUGCCAUGAUCUACGUGUUCAACAGUGGCAUGAAUGACUACAUCACGCCAAUGGAGAAACUAUUCCAAGUCAUCGGCCCACCACUGCGUGAAGGGAAGCCCGUGUCAGAUGUAGAAGUUGUGAUGGGGAACAAGUUGUUAGUUUAUAUAAGCUGCUGUUUGGCGGGAAGAGCCUAUCCUUUAGGAGACAUUCCGGAAGACCUGGUCCCUUUGGUGAAGAACCAGGUGUUUGAGUUCCUAAUCCGGCUCCACACAGCAGAGGGGUGUCAGGAGGAGGAGGAGUUGUACCCCUUCAUCAGAACCCUGCUGCACUUUGACACUAGGGAGUUCCUCAACGUCCUUGCAUUGACGUUUGAGGACUUCAAAAAUGACAAGCAGGCUCUGGAGUACCAACAGAGGAUUGUGGACAUUCUACUGAAGGUGAUGGUGGAGAACUCCGACUUCACCCCCUCCCAGGUGGGCUGUCUCUUCACCUUCCUCGCUCGUCAGCUGGCCAAGCCGGACAACACCCUCUUUGUCAACCGCAAGUUGUUUGACCAGGUCUUAGAAUUCCUCUGCAGCCCCGAUGAUGACUCCAGACACACAGAGAGGCAGCAGGUGCUGCUGGAACUCCUGCAGGUGGGAGGAGUGGUGCAGUUUGACGAGGGGCGGCUUCUCUACCUGGCAGAGAAGGCCGAGUUCUACCAGAUCUGUGAAUUUAUGUAUGAGAAGAAGCAGCUUUAUGACAGGAUAAUUGAUUGCUACCUGAAGGAUCCCCUGAGAAAGGAGGAGAUUUACAACUACAUCCACAACAUCCUCUCUAUGCCGGGCUACAGCCCAGAGGAGAAGCGCUCGGUCUGGGACAAAACCCUCCAGCACAUCCAGGAACUAGUGACCAUCGACCCCUCCAAAUCAGCUGAAAUGGUGUCGGUGCACUUUGCUGAUGAAAUCCAGCCAAUUAUCACCACGUUGCAGGACGACUACCUUGUGUUCCAGUUUCUUAAGAAUCUACUCGACCCCAAAGAGGGCACCCCUCCCCAGUCCCAGGCGUUGCGGCUGGGCCCAGACGUGCACGAGCAGCUGGUGGGCCUGCUGUGCCGCUUCAGCCCCCAGGAGCUCACCGCCUUCCUGCAGACCUCCCAGGACUACCGGCUAGAGGAGACCAUCCAGAUCACAGAGCAACACCAGCUGCAUGAGGCCACUGCCUUUCUGCUAGAGAAGAAGGGGGACGUUCAGGGGGCCUUUCAGGUGCUGCUCAAGACUCUGGAGACUAAACUCAGCAACCUGGCCCAGGAGGGAGCGAGAGCACCUCCAUCUGUCCCAGAGAGAGGGGAGAGGGGGGAGGAGGAGGAGCAGGGGAGUGAGGAAGAUGGGCCUCUACAGAGGGUGCAGGAGGCCCUCAGGGACAUCAUCGCCCUGUGUGUGAGAACCUCGCAUGGUCUCAACCAGCAGCAACGAGAGGCUCUCUGGUUUCCUCUUCUGGAGGCGAUGAUGUCACCACAGAAACUCCUAAAAGGCCCAGAUGCAAAGCACACUUCAGAAGCAUUGAAGGAGCUGACCAUGCAGGUCUUAAACAACAUGUCCACAUUCAUCGCUCUCCCCGCCAUCAUCCAGCGCAUUCUCCAGGAUCCUGUGUAUGGAAAAGGCAAAUUAGCUGAGAUUCAAGGCUUGAUUUUGGGCAUGUUGGACACCUUUACAUAUGAACAGACCUUGCUGGAGACCACUACCAGCCUGCUGAACUCAGACCUGCACUGGUCUCUGUCUCAGCUGCGGGUGGCGGUGAGCCGGGGCCUGCACCCCCGCCAGGACCACUGCAACCUGUGCCUGCAGCAGUACAAGAGACGGCACGAGAGCCAGGAGGAGAUCAUCAUCUUCAGCUGUGGCCACCUGUACCACUGCCAGUGCCUGCAGCGGAAGGAGUCGGGCGGGCCGGGGGCGGGGCCUGCGGGGUGGAGCUGCUACAAAUGCACCUCCAGUCAGGGCGGGCGGAGCUCGGAGCGCGGCGCCACGGAAACGGGCCGGGGCAGAGCCGCCUCGCUCGCACAGAACCGGGUGACGUCGGCUCACAGGGGAGUUGGAGAAGGCCCGGGAAAGAAGAUGACAUGUGAGGCUACUCUGGAUGCACAGCAGAGCCAGGCCUGGGAUCAGUUGCGCUGCAUUUACCGAGGGCCAUCAAGGUUGGCCAUCCUCUCGGACCUCGCCACCUCGCACACCAAUGAGAAGGCCAGUCUACUAAACCCCGCCCACCCAGGAACUGCAAGCAUAUUUCACAGCGAGAAUUUCCAGCUCAAGCUUUCUCCUCCGCCAUUGGUGGAGGAGUGACAAUGUCCUGCCCUCUGUUACAAAUCUCAAUAAAAGCACUACCAUAUCUGUACUAUG